UUCCAGAAAAGUGGUAGAUAAUCAGGUUCUGACUCUGAAUUAUGGUAAUGGUGACGUCUUCUUGGUCCUGAAUCUUUCCUACAGUUAAAUGGAAUUAUUCUCUUGGAUCCAGGACAACCUUAAUGCAGAAUAGAAGAAGAAGACUGGACUGAUCCGGUUCUGGAGCUAAACCUGACUGAGGACUACAGACAGGAAGGUUUCCAUCCAGAGAAAGUAGAUCCUCUGAUCCUCUUCUAGUCCAGUCUGUUGGUUUAACAUGGUCAGAGUUCUCUGCAGGAUCAUUGAUCAGUGAUUACUCUACACUUUAUUCCAGACCCAUAGGCCCAUAUCAGUAGACUUAAAAACAGACUUUUUUACAUCCAAACCAACAACAGAAGGAUAAAAUCACAGUUCAGCGUGUCUGGAGAGUGAGCAGCCACGCUCCACAGCUGAUAGGAUGGUGAGAGAGUGACCUGCAGCAGCUCUAACAGCUCCUUUAUGCCAUGAAGAAGAAUGAAUCCUGAGAUCCUUCUGUCCAAAAUGUCUCUGAAACCAGGAUCAGCUGUAACUGUGGUGAUUCUCCUGAUGAUCGUCUCCUCAGCUCAGACUCUCACCUGUGGAUCUACUGAGUUUUGGAUCAACAACAGGUGCUGUCCUCUGUGUCCUCCAGGGAGCCAUGUUGAUGAAGUCUGCACUGACUCCACUAGUACUAGCUGUUCAUCCUGCACUGAGGGAACCUUCAUGGACCAUCACACUAAUCUACCAUGGUGCUAUGACUGUUCAACCUGUGACACAGGUUCUGGUCUGAAGAUAAAGACUCCAUGUAGGAGGAACUCAAACACAGUCUGUGAACCUCUGGAGGGAUUUUACUGCAUAAAGUUUGCAGGAGGCAGCUGUUGGGAAGCACAGAAACACAGAAGCUGUGAACCAGGAGAAUACAUCAGAGAGACAGGAACUUCAUCCUCAGACACGGUCUGCUCUAGGUGCUCUGCUGGGACGUUCUCAGAUGGGACGUUUACGUCUUGUCGGCCUCAUACACAAUGUAAACUCAUGAAUCUACAGCAGCACCUAAAACCAGGAACCGAGGCAGAAGAUGCUCAGUGUGAAUUUCUACACUCAUUUGUAAUAUUUUUCAUACUUUUUUUAGCUUUUUUGGGGAUAAUUCAAAUCGUUGUUGUAGUUUUGGCCACAGUUCACUAUUUACAAAGAUUGUGGAGGACUAUCUUAUCUCGGACUCCAACGGAGGGUCAUAGAAAUCAUCAUACGUCUGAGGAGCGGCAGGAGGAGGAGGACUUUAUUGUGAAGCUGACUGAGUUAGACCUGAGAGAGAGGACUCUCAGAGAGCUGGUGAUCCGGAUCAGAGAAGUCUCUGCUGCUGAAUGGAUCAGAGGACUGAAGUCCUGUUUGGGUGUAAACAGCUCCACAUGUGGGUCGAUCCUGUUAGUAGACAUGAUCCGGACUCUGCUGGGACCUCAGAGACACUAUCCAAAUAACAAAGAGAUAAACCAGUUUACUGUAGCAGGGGCGGGUCUAGAGAGUCAGAGACUGGGCCAAAGAGUCUCCUCUUUGUUUUUAUCCAGAAUGACCCUGAAUCCAGGAUCAGCGAUCCUCCUGAUGAUCGUCUCCUCAGCUCAGACUCUCACCUGUAGACCUCCUGAGUUUCAGAUCGGGGACAGGUGCUGUCCUCAGUGUCCUCCAGGAAGUCUGGUUGAUGAAGCCUGCACGGACUCCAGCAGUACUCGCUGUGUGUCCUGCAGCGAGGGAACCUUUAUGGACCAUCCCAGUAACCGUACACGCUGCUAUGACUGUAGAAGCUGUGACACAGGUUCGGGUCUGAGGAUGAAUGCAUCCUGUACAGAGACCUCAGACACAGUCUGUGAACCUCUGGAGGGAUUUUACUGCAUAGAGUCUGCAGAGAACAGCUGCCUGCAGGCAAUUAAACACACAAGCUGUAGACCAGGAGAAUACAUCAGAGAGAACGGAACAUCAGUCUCAGACACAGUCUGCUCUAGGUGCUCUGCUGGGACGUUCUCAGAUGGGAUGUUUACAUCUUGUCAGCCUCAUAAAAGAUGUGCAUCCAUGCAGCUGAAGGAGGUGAAACCAGGAACUAAGUCAGAGGAUGCUCAGUGUGGAGGACUACGAUCAGAGAUGGCGGCAGUGAUAGCUAUUGUUUCUUUUAUUGGGGUUAUUAUUUCAUUAGUUAUUGCUUAUUUUGCUUUUGCUUUUUAUAAUGGAAACAUGCCAUCUGUGAUACCCGCGCAACGAUUCAGCAGCCUUACAGUUACAUGAAAUAAAAUCAAAUAAAACAUUGUUUUAAAGUUGCUGUGUCAGGGAACAAGUGUUUGCUGAAAUUAUCCCGUCCAUACCCGCUACUAGCGCUCACUGACAGACAGCAACAAUGUCCUUGACAUUGACAGACUGUGACCUUGGGGGAGAGGGGUCAAGUCUUGGUUGUUCUGUAUGGAUAAAACAGUGACCCCCAACAUCAUCCUUUAAAGGCAAGGAUGGAAUGUUAAAUUAGCUUUAAAUGAUGACAUCAUCCUUUAGAGGCAGGAAUGGAAUGUUAAAUUAAGUUUAAAUGAUGACAUCAUCCUUUAGAGGCAGGAAUGGAAUGUUAAAUUAAGAUUAAAUGAUGACAUCAUCCUUUAGAGGCAGGAAUGGAAUGUUAAAUUAAGAUUAAAUGAUGACAUCAUCCUUUAGAGGCAGGAAUGGAAUGUUAAAUUAAGUUUAAAUGAUGACAUCAUCCUUUAGAGGCAGGAAUGGAAUGUUAAAUUAAGUCUAAAGAUGACAUCAUCCUUUAGAGGCAGGAAUGGAAUGUUAAAUUAAGUUUAAAUGAUGACAUCAUCCUUUAGAGGCAGGAAUGGAAUGUUAAAUUAAGAUUAAAUGAUGACAUCAUCCUUUAGAGGCAGGAAUGGAAUGUUAAAUUAACAUUAAAUGAUGACAUCAUCCUUUAGAGGCAGGAAUGGAAUGUUAAAUUAAGUUUAAAUGAUGACAUCAUCCUUUAGAGGCAGGAAUGGAAUGUUAAAUUAAGUCUAAAUGAUGACAUCAUCCUUUAGAGGCAGAAAUGAAAUGUUAAAUUAAGUUUAAAUGAUGACAUCAUCCUUUAGAGGCAGGAAUGGAAUGUUAAAUUAAGUCUAAAUGAUGACAUCAUCCUUUAGAGGCAGGAAUGGAAUGUUAAAUUAAGAUUAAAUGAUGACAUCAUCCUUUAGAGGCAGGAAUGGAAUGUUAAAUUAACAUUAAAUGAUGACAUCAUCCUUUAGAGGCAGGAAUGGAAUGUUAAAUUAAGUUUAAAUGAUGACAUCAUCCUUUAGAGGCAGGAAUGGAAUGUUAAAUUAAGUCUAAAUGAUGACAUCAUCCUUUAGAGGCAGAAAUGAAAUGUUAAAUUAAGUUUAAAUGAUGACAUCAUCCUUUAGAGGCAGGAAUGGAAUGUUAAAUUAAGUCUAAAUGAUGACAUCAUCCUUUAGAGGCAGGAAUGGAAUGUUAAAUUAAGUUUAAAUGAUGACAUCAUCCUUUAGAGGCAGGAAUGGAAUGUUAAAUUAAGUCUAAAUGAUGACAUCAUAUUUUAGAGGCAGGAAUGGAAUGUUAAACUAAGUCUAAAUGAUGACAUCAUCCUUUAGAGGCAGGAAUGAAAUGUUAAAUUAAGAUUAAAUGAUGACAUCAUCCUUUAGAGGCAGGAAUGGAAUGUUAAAUUAAGUUUAAAUGAUGACAUCAUCCUUUAGAGGCAGGAAUGGAAUGUUAAAUUAAGUCUAAAUGAUGACAUCAUCCUUUAGAGGCAGGAAUGAAAUGUUAAAUUAAGUUUAAAUGAUGACAUCAUCCUUCAGAGGCAGGAAUGGAGUGUUAAAUUAGCUUUAAAUGAUGACAUCAUCCUUUAGAGGCAGGAAUGAAAUGUUAAAUUAAGUCUAAAUGAUGACAUCAUCCUUUAGAGGCAGGGAUGGAAUGUUAAAUUUAGUUUAAAUGAUGACAUCAUCCUUUAAAGGCAAGGAUGGAAUGUUUAAUUAAGUCUAAAUGAUGACAUCAUCCUGGUGAACUCUGUGGGGCCUGUUGUGUUUGGGCUCAGUCUUCCUGUUGAUGAUCACUCAGUCAGAGCUACAGACUUUCAUGCUGGCGCCCUCAUGUGGACGCUCCAAUAAUAACACACAAAAGAUGGCCAAAAAUAAAUGGUUGAAAACAAUAAUUAAAAACAACACUGAAUUUAAGGUGUAAAAAAAAGUUUUUAUGAAUCCUGUUAUUGAAAACAAACAAAAAAAUAAUUCAGAGGCUAAAGUCGGAAUUCUGAGAUUUAAGUCAGAAUUCAUAUUUUUUUUUCACCAAAAUUGUGAUUUUAAAGUCAGGAUAGGAGAAGAAAAAUCUGAUUCUCGGAUUAAAUAAAACAAAACCAUAGUAACACCGAUCCUCUUGUAAACAUGUGACCAUCUCAUGUUUCUGUCCACGCAGAUGACUGUUAUUUAAACUGUCAUUUAACACACUUAGUCACAACGGGGAUGUAGCUCAGUGGUAGAGCGCAUGCUUUGCAUGUAUGAGGCCCCGGGUUCAAUCCCCGGCAUCUCCAUGUUUUAGACUGGAGAGAAGCCUGAUCAUAGAUAACAGAGAUAAUGGACAUGUUAAUACCUGACAGGUUAGUCUGCAGUAAGUACACACCUGUGUUUAGUGUCAGUGAAUAAGGAAAUGGUUCACAAUGCUGUUUCACACAAUUAGUGUGGAAGUCAUAUCCGUAUUUUUCAAAUGAAGAAUGGGGUAAAACAGUGUUGUUUAUGUCAGAGGUUCAGCAAAAGCAAUAAUAAUGAUGACGUUCAGGAGUUUUAAUACAGUUUUGAUCAACAUCACCCAUUAUUUGGUGUCUCUGACUUUUAUUUUUGUAACUGUGGUAUCAAACAAGUUUUUAUCUGGACAUGUCAGCAAACCAGUACACUUCAGUGCAUCCCCGUUAUUUGUUCAACAUAAGUACUGUUUUGUUUGUUUGUUUGUUUUAAACUGGUAUUUUAUUUUGAUGUCAUUUUUCAUGUAAAAGUAGACAUUGUUCUUUUGAUAAAAGUCCACGUGGGACACUCUGCAUUUGGACCUGACCUAGAAAUUACUUAGUUUUUGUUAUUUACUUAUUUACAGACUAAUAUAUCAAAGAUACAAAGGCAUGCAGCGCAAAACAUAUCAGGAUAUGUGCCCAGCCCUAAAAGUAAACGCACAAGUAUUUAAAUUUGACGGUUCAGCCUAACGUGAGCUUCAGGCGGCCGUUACCGUUUGUAAAGCGUAGUUUCUGCUUU